AUGCUAAUGUGUGAUAUAGAAACUAUUGCAUAUUCAGUACAUAGUAAGACCUUUAUCCUGUUCUGGUUGGGUCUUCCAGGUAGAUUAGGACCACAGGGAUCCAAAGGAUUGAUUGGUUUUCCAGGAAAAAUAGGAUUAACUGGUGAAAAAGGAUUCAAAGGUCAACAUGGAGAAACAGGAUUACGAGGUCCACAGGGAGAUUUGGGUAUGAUUGGUGUGCCUGGUUUCCCAGGUAUUAAUGGUAUUCCAGGUGUACAGGGUAUUGCUGGUUCUCCUGGUAGGCGAGGUCUUGACGGUUGCAAUGGUACCAGGGGUGAGCCAGGUUUGCCUGGUUAUGGUGAUGGUGGUAUUGGGCUGCCAGGACCUAGGGGUCCUCUCGGUCUGAAAGGUCUAAAAGGUGAACCUGGACCAGUUCCUGAUAUGAAUAAUGGUAUAAUGAAAGGGGAGCCUGGUGAAAAAGGAGUUCCUGGAGUAGAUGGUCAGCCAGGUGCUACUGCUCCUUCUGGUACAGCUGGUAUGAAAGGAGAAAGUGGAAGCAAAGGAAUGAGGGGUUCACCUGGUCGUCAAGGUAUUAAAGGUGAGAGAGGUAACAUGGGUAUUGGAUUUAUAGGACAGCCAGGAGAACGUGGAGAUCCCGGGCCUCCUGGCCUAUCACAGGUUGUUGAACCACUACCAACUGAAUUGGGACCAGCUGGUGACAAAGGAGUGAAAGGUCCAAGGGGUGACUUUGGUAUGAAAGGACCAACAGGAGAAGAUGGAAUGCCAGGACCAAAGACAGGGCCAGCCUGGAGAUCCAGGACUAAUGGUGUGCCAGGUUAUAAAGGUGGUAAGGGCGAGGAUGGAUUUCAUGGUACUCCAGGUAAUCCUGGAUUCAAGGGUGAACAGGGUGACCCUGGUCCUGAAGGGUAUACUGGUCCAAAAGGUCUUCCUGGAGAUGAUCCGGAAGUUGGUGAUGGGCCUCCAGGUCAGCCAGGUAUACCAGGUGCUCCUGGAAUCACUGGUCCACAAGGUCCUCCUGGUCCUCCAGGUGAUAGUGGACUUCAAGGUUUUCUUGGACGAGCUGGUCCUCCAGGUGAAGAAGGACAGGAAGGUUAUCCGGGUAUUGGUAGAGAUGGAGAGAAGGGAGAUCAAGGAAUGCCAGGCAUGCCUGGUAAGCCAGGAUCUAUGGGUAGACGAGGAUUAACUGGGCCAAAAGGUGAAGCAGGUGAGAAAGGAUCAGCAGGUGCAUCUAUAGCAGGCCCUCCUGGUAUGGAUGGACCACCUGGUAUGAGAGGUAAACCAGGCAUCAAAGGUGAAGAGGGCCCUAUGGGACCAACUGGUGCACCUGGCUUAUCAGCAGAAGGAAAGGAUAAUUCUGGCCCACCGGGUGAAGUAGGUCCUCCAGGUCAUAAUGGCCAAAGAGGCUUGCCAGGUCCUGUUGGUCCUCCUGGUCCUUUUGGGCCAAAGGGUGAUGUGGGUGGUUACUGUGAAGAUGUGUGUCUCCCUGGAGCCAAAGGUGAUGUAGGAGAUCGUGGAUAUAGUGGAGUGCCAGGUUUGACUGGCCCAUCUGGUGGACCUGGUCCAAAAGGUCAUUCUGGUGGAAUAGGUGAAACUGGUCCCCCUGGAAAUCCCGGUCUUCGUGGUCUUCCAGGAAUAGAUGGACAACCUGGUUAUGAUGGAAAAAAGGGUCAUCAGGGUGAACCAGGAUAUUACGUAGGAGUACCUGGACCACCUGGACCCAUGGGGCCAAAGGGAAGGCGAGGUGACGCAGGACCACCUGGAAUAAAAGGAGAUACUGGAAGUCCUUCACAUGAAGGCACAGGACCACCUGGACUUCCAGGACCACCCGGAGACAGUUUUGUUGGUGCACCUGGUUUCAAAGGUGCAAUGGGUGAACCAGGAUCAAAUGGACCAGUAGGAUAUAAAGGAGAUAAAGGAGAACAAGGUACAAUGCCAGAUUAUAUGAAUGGUAUCCCAGGUCCUGCUGGUCCUGGUGGCCCACCUGGACGCUCUGGUCCACAGGGACCCAUAGGAGCAAGAGGUGGACCAGGACCACUUGGACCAAUUGGUCCAGAUGGUCCAAAGGGUAAUAAAGGUUUGACUGGUUUCCCUGGACUACCCGGUGGACCUGGACUUCCAGGUGUGACUGGUAUGCGAGGUGACAAAGGACAAAAUGGUUUGACUGGUCAAAUAGGAGAUAGUGGACGUCCAGGUUUUCCAGGAUUUCCUGGACCAGAUGGUAUAAAAGGUGAACCUGGUGACACUUUCGGUGGUGCUGGCGGAAAAGGGCAGCCUGGACCAAAGGGUUUUCCUGGACCAGAUGGACCAGAUGGUAGUAAAGGCAAUGUUGGUUUUCCAGGAUUAAAAGGACGUGUUGGAUAUCCUGGUUCCACUGGUAGUAAAGGUGAAACUGGUGACAUAGGUCUUAUUGGUCCUCCUGGUAAUGGUCCAGGGCCAAAAGGUCAAACUGGUCUACCUGGACCAAUUGGUCGCCCUGGAGGAACUGGGCGAGUUGGACUGCCUGGUUUAAAAGGUUUUCCAGGAUUCACGGGUGAUAUUGGGGAACCAGGUGAGCCAGGUGCUAAAAUGGGUAAAGGUCAACCAGGAGAACCAGGUCCAGAUGGAUUUGAUGGUAUUCCAGGAAGACCUGGUGUACCAGGUUUACCAGGAAGUGAUGGAUUCCCUGGGUUACCAGGCAGCAAAGGAGAUAUUGGUGAUGCUGGUGUUAUUGGUUUCCCUGGACAAGCUGGGUUGCCUGGUAGGCCAGGAUUUGAUGGUUUCAAAGGAGAAAAAGGUGGCCCUGGUAGAGAAGGAUUACCUGGUUUUUCGGGUAAUCCGGGAACACCUGGUCGCAAAGGAGCUGUUGGUGACAGAGGUCCAACUGGUCCCAUUGGUGAGCGUGGUAUAUUAUUUGGAGACAUGGUGAAGGGUGAACCAGGUUCUGUUGGAAGAACUGGUCCACCAGGGAGAAUUGGACUUCCAGGUUUACCUGGCGCAUCUGGAAUGGUUGGAGAGAAUGGUUAUCCUGGCAAUCCUGGCCGUCCAGGACUGGCAGGACCAGAUGGUGAUAAUGGUUUGAAUGGCCGACCAGGUAUUCCAGGACUUCCAGGUUCGAAAGGUAGCAGUGGUAUCAUAGGAUUUCCAGGCAUUCCUGGUGCUACGGGUCGACCAGGUUUAAAAGGACAGCCAGGAUUUCCAGGAAGACCAGGUUUUAUUGGACCAAAAGGGAGACCUGGGUUUUCUGGACAACCUGGUAGACCUGGUCUACCUGGACCCACAGGUCCAAAAGGUCCAGUUGGUUCUAUCGGUGAGAAGGGUUUUCCUGGUGAUGAUGUUCCUAUUAAAGGUGGUAAUUUGACAAAUUCCGGAGAUCCAGGUGUGCCAGGAACACCGGGACUGGUCGGUAGCCCAGGCUCUAAUGGUAUGAAGGGUGAUGAAGGAUAUGAUGGAAUUCCUGGACGCAUUGGUCUCCCAGGUUUACCCGGUUCUGCUGGAAGACCAGGAAGGAAAGGUACUACUGGUUUGCCUGGACUGUCAGGAUUGGAUGGGUUAUUAGGACCAGUUGGUGCCAAAGGCAGUGAAGGUGACGCAGGUCCCCCUGGUUUUCCUGGUCCACGAGGUCCUCCAGGAUUGCCAGGCUUAAAAGGAGGAUCAGGAUUUGAUGGAUUUCCCGGACGCCCUGGUAGAAAUGGAGCAAAGGGAGAAACGGGAGAUGAUGGUUUGUCCGGUAAUCCAGGAUUACAGGGUCCACGUGGAGAACCAGGAUCUGGAAUGGAAAAGGGUGCCAAAGGUGAAGUAGGAAGACCAGGAAAUUUUGGAUUAGCAGGUCCGGUUGGUCCAACUGGUUCACCUGGUUUUCCUGGAUUCCCUGGUGUCAAGGGUGAAGCCGGCAUGCAAGGAUUACCAGGAAGCGAUGGAGGUGUUGGGUUGCCAGGAAUUGAUGGUCGUGAUGGGUUUCCAGGUUUUCCUGGACCUAAAGGUACUAAAGGUGAUAUAGGACCAAAUGGUAUGUUAGGUUUACCAGGUAUAAAUGGUAUUAAAGGUGAAACUGGUAAACCUGGUAUUGAUGGACCUCAAGGACCUCGAGGUUUUCCUGGAUUCAAUGGCUUGAAAGGUGAACCCGGAGAACCUGGAGAAGCACAUCGUGGUAUUAAAGGUGAACCAGGUUUACCUGGAUUAACAGGAAGACCAGGUUUACCAGGGCUGCCUGGACUAUCUGGACCACCAGGAAAUCUUGGAAAUAAAGGUGAAAGUGGUGAUCCUGGCUUACCAGGCAUUCCUGGUCUAGAUGGAUCUUCUGGGUUGCCAGGAUAUCGUGGUGAAACUGGUGAUCCUGGUUUUGCAGGUCCAAGAGGUCAAGAUGGUCAACCUGGUCAGCCAGGUUUAUCACAGAGUACUGCAUUGAAGAGUUUCUUAUUAACAAAGCAUAGUCAGUCAGCCCAGGUUCCAACGUGUUCUCAGGGACAUCGAGAACUAUGGACUGGAUACAGUUUACUUUAUACAGAAGGAAAUGACAAAGCACAUCACCAAGAUUUAGGAAUGGCAGGUUCCUGUUUGCCUAUGUUCAGCACGAUGCCUUUUGUGUUCUGUAAUAUAAACAAUGUAUGCAACUAUGCCAGUCGUAACGACAAAUCUUAUUGGUUGUCAUCUAGUGCACCAAUCCCAAUGAUGCCAGUUGGUGAAACUGAUAUCAUUCCAUAUAUUAGUAGAUGUGUGGUAUGUGAAGCACCAAAACAAAUCAUAGCUGUUCACAGUCAAGAUCUCACUGUACCACGCUGUCCACGUGGAUGGGAUGGUUUGUGGAUUGGUUACAGUUUUGCUAUGUACACUGCAUCUGGAGCUGAAGGUGGUGGUCAAUCGCUGUCAAGUCCUGGAUCCUGCUUGGAAGAUUUCAGAGCAACUCCGUUUAUUGAGUGUAAUGGGCGUGGCUUGUGUCAUUUCUUUGCUAAUAAAUACAGUUUUUGGCUGGUAACAAUAGGUGAUAAUGAACAGUUUGCAAUUCCUAGUAGAGAGACACUUAAAGCAGGUAGUCUCAGAAAUCGUGUUAGUCGCUGUCAAGUCUGUCAGAAACUUUAAUGACUGUUGACAAAAGAUUACAAAAAGUAAACCUUAUGUGGAAUUAAUAUUUCAUAAAUUUCAUAUACCAAUUUUGAGGCAUUUGAUAAUUUUAACUUUCAUGAACAAGUUUUGAAAAUUUACAAAAUAAAUUUGUUCUUUUAGCCGACUUUUUAUAAACCUUCUCUGCCCACUAUUUAAUGAUAACCAAGUUUAAAUUUUUUUACUGUGUAUUUUAUAAUCAAUAUUUUUAAAGACUAUUUUUAGAUGUUUUCCUAACCUUGUACUUAUAUUUCAUUGGUGCUAUUUUCAUACCAGUUAUUUUUAAAACCAACAAAAUCUAUGGUGCUGCACUGCAAACAACAUACUACUUCAUUGAAUGGUUUUACUUACUUUAUCAGGUGGGAAUAAGUUGCGUCGAUCUAUUUUUGGUCUAUUAGAAAGAUUAAAACCUGGCUAGACAGAACAAAACUAUUCAUUAUGCAAUGGGGGAUGGAUUCGAUAAACGAUGAUUUAAUCAUGUCUGUUUAGACAAGUGUUAUAAAAUGGAGUAAAGUGGUCUUCAUUUUUCCGAAACAUUAUAAUGAACAAUAUUCUACAAAAAUCAUGUUUAUGAUUAAGUAUAUAAAAAAAACAUCUCUUCAUUUUUGGUUCUUUUAUAACAAGAAAGUAAUAUUUUCCUUCCUAAGUGUCCUUUUUCCACUAAUAGUUCUUUUUUUUUAAACAGAUCCUUUUUAUUAUAGAAUACUUUGUAAUUUAAUACACAAAAUAUAUAAAUACCAUUUUUUUCAACAAUUUUUAAGGUUUAGCUGAAAUUGCUUAUACUACCAUUGGUAUUAUGACAUAAUCAUUAUAUAUUUACAGGUUUAGCUCUCAAGUGCUCCCUAUUCCUGCUAAAUCUACAUGUAUAUGACAAUUACGUCAUAAUACCUACCUAAGUAUAAGCACUUACCGCUAAACAUUCAAACAUUCUUUUUAUACUUGUAGUUACGAUGGUAAACUUUGUAAGAAAGAAUGUAAUGUGUUACAUAAAUCACCAGUAGAAAAUUAAAAGAAAAACUGAAAUAUUAUGUAUGAAAUUUCUUGAUAAAGUUUUUUUUUUAAAUACCUCUUUUUUUUUUUAUGUGCAGUUCUGUAAAUGAGUGGCAUACUGAUUUCAAGCUACUUUUUUUGAAAUAUGUUUUGAUAGUUCAAUAAAUUGUCAUAUGUAUGUAUCUUGUCCAAAGAUGGGUUUGCCAAUCAUGUAGUGUGUAGUACUAUUAUCAUUUUAACUAGCAAUUUGUUUUACUCAGUACUGUGUAAUCAUGUAAAUUGCAAACUCUUUGUAGCACACUACUGUAAACUCUUAAUUUUAUGAGAUAAACAAAUUUUUAUGAAUUCCACCAGUCUAUGAAAAUCUCACUGGUGUCCUCAUAAAUCCAUUAAAGCGUUAAGUGUAUUGAAUGUAAUUAUUUUCAUAUACUGCAUUCGUUCAAUUAAAAGCACAUCUUCAGUAGUGGCGCAUAAAAA